ACUCAUCCACAUCGACAAGUAUUGUUUAACACACUUGAUCUGCUUGAAAACCGACAAACCCCGAUCUCCCAUUUCUCGAGUUCCCACACGUUGUUAGUAGCAUUGUUUUUGUCCCAAAGCAUCAUCAAUAUGCUCCAUUAAGCCUGCUGUGCCUUGUCUGCUGGCCCAGAUACACAUUACCAUUGCUACAAAACCACACACACACUGCAUCCAUAUAGACCACUUUGUAUCUCGUAGUAGUUGGCCUCCUCUUUCCCCAUCCCGAUGCUAGUCAUCCCCACAGGCGUAGUCGUACGUGCCGUGUUCCGUUUUUAAAAGAGCAGAACAGCCUUCUCUCCUCAACCCCUCUUCGCAGUCCACACUCUUAGCUUGAGCGUUCUUCCUCUUGGCUUCAGCUGCUCCAGAGUCCCGAGCCAUGUUGCACCAGUGCGGUCACCAGUGCAGCGCGUACCCGUGCUCCUGUGGGUUCGUCUACAGCGGGUGCGGUGGCGGCGGCGCAUCGUUUUCUUUUCUCUUCCCGAUCGCCGGAAAGCAUUCCGUGGAUGAAGACUUUGAUGCCACACACUCCACUUCCUCCUCUCCGUCCUUGGUUGAUUGCACCCUGUCGCUUGGGACCCCUUCCACGCGCCAAACCGAGAGCAAGCCCUCCGCCUCGUUUAACCAGAUCCAGCGGACGUCGUGCAUGUCUAGCUUCCGCUGGGAUAUCAUAUCCCAGUCCAAGAAGAACUCAUCCAUGGGCUCAACUGCGUCCAGUGGUGGAGAUGCCAACGGCUCCAGCUUGGGCGGCGACCCGCUUCUCUUAGCUCGUAGGUGCGCCAACUGCGAUACGACCUCGACUCCACUGUGGCGGAAUGGACCACGAGGUCCCAAGUCGUUGUGUAACGCGUGCGGCAUUCGCUACAAGAAAGAAGAGAGGCGUGCGGCGGCGUCGUCGGUGCCACCGUCGUCGUCGCCGUCGGUGACAGCGACAGCAGGGGACCAGGGGAUUGGCUACGGAUACCAUCGACAGCAGCAGUCACCAUGGAGUUGCUACGCUUCGUCCACGAUGAAGACCAACUCAUCCAUCGCCAUGUACGACGAGAUGGCGGACCAUGGAGAAGCACCCUACCUCUCCUGGCAGUUCAACGUCGCUCCUUCGCCUCAGUUUCCUGUCCGCGACAGGCCCAGCCUAUUCCAAUACAAUUAAAAGCGGAAGUUUCCGAAGUGAUCGAUCGAAAGCCACAUAGUAGCGGCCUUAAAAUCUAUACUACAUCUCCCCAACAGUCAAGUCAGCAACAGCAACAACAACAAAUGUUAAUUAGCUCUUGCUUUUAUUAGUUCAUGAACCAUGAAUUUUAUUCUGGUUUAUUAUCGGAUUAUUGUACUUUUUGUUUCUUUUUCUCGAUGUUGUUGCUGCUGAAACAACGCUAAUUCGCGCAUCAAAGCAAGUCACGACGGGAGGACGAGAGUAACAAAGAAGUUAAGUUAAACCUGAUUUCACAA